UGAAUCCAUCACGUACAGUAUAUUCUAUAUUGUCAAGAUGAAGCUGGAUAGCACACAAGGAGACAUGAGUGGGUGGAGGGAGAUGGACUUUGCCCUCAACUGCACCUACAUUGUUCCAGACCAGGUGUCGGACCCCAGCUUCAGCCUGCCCAAAGCAAUGACAUCCAUCCCACGUAACCUCACCUUUGAAUACAGCACAGACAAUGAGGUGACAGGCGUGUUCAGCAAAGAAUACAUACCUCAGGGGACUCGCUUUGGCCCCCUGCAAGGCGUCAUCUACACCAAAGACAAUGUCCCCAAACAGGCCAACAGGAAAUACUUCUGGAGGAUUUACAGUGGUGGGCAGCUUCAAAACUUCAUUGACGGCUACGACGUCCACAGGAGCAACUGGAUGCGUUAUGUCAACCCGGCCCGCUCUCUGGCCGAACAGAACCUGGUGGCGUGCCAGAACAAUGGGGACAUCUUCUUCUAUACCAUCAGACCAGUUGAGGCCAAUCAGGAGCUGCUUGUGUGGUACAGCCAGGAGUUUGCCCAGCGGCUCUGCAGCCAGGAGGUCGACAUCAAACAAAAAUACAUGAGUUCUGAUGAACACCAUGAGUUGGAGUACACCAAACAGCACCUACCUCAGCAGACAUGGCUCAAAGAAAGAACAAAGGAAGAGGUGAAAGAAGAGAGGGAUGAAGAUGAGGAAAAGAUAGACGUGGAGAUGUUGGAGAGAGACACUCCGCCUGACACACCUGACGACCAGAUCAUGGACUUCAGCAAAAAGGUUGAGAAGGAAGAGAAGAGCAACAGAGAUCCAGAAGACCGGGGGAUCAUUCCUUCCCCUCAGCCUGAACACAGAGAGCCCAACCUGGGCUUAAAUCAGCCAUACCUACCAGAGCACCAUCCUGCACUCCCAUCCCCCCACCGAAAUCUGCCUCUUCACCUCCACGGCCUCUAUGGCCACAGGGAGGGCCUUGUUUCAUCUUACCCCCUUUACCCCCAGUCCAGACCCCUCCAGCCCACUUACCAGCUCCUUCCUCCCUACGGCCCGCACUAUUCUCGCCUCCUCCUCCCCUCGUACUCCCCUCCCUUUCCUGGGAUGCUGCCUUCAAGGGCAUCCCUCCGAUACAGCAGCUAUCUAGGCACAGAUGGACUCCCGUAUCCACCCAUCAGCCAGCCUAAUCUACUUCCAGUGUCCCUCCCCUACCCUCCGUCACCACAAGGGGGUCUGAAAGAACUAACACCAAAUGUGUCGCCACCUCGAGGCGCCCCAGCCACCCCAGAGCUGUCCCCUCUCCCCAAACCCAGCAGUCAGCAUCAGUCUCCGGAGCACUCACCCUCUGGUUGCGAAGAAGCCAUGAAUCUAAGCCUUGCUAUGACCAAAAGUAACACAGCACCACGAAAUGGCCCUGGCCACAAAUCCCUACCCUACCCAUUGAAGAAGCAGAAUGGAAAGAUCAAGUAUGAAUGUAAUAUCUGCUCGAAGACUUUUGGACAGCUGUCUAACCUCAAGGUCCAUCUCCGAGUACACAGCGGUGAAAGACCAUUCCAGUGUAACCUAUGUAAAAAGAGUUUCACUCAGCUGGCCCACCUCCAAAAACAUCACUUAGUCCACACUGGGGAGAAGCCACAUGAAUGUCAGGUAUGUCACAAACGUUUCAGUAGCACCAGCAACUUGAAAACACACCUGCGCCUCCACUCUGGGGAAAAACCUUACCAGUGCAAGCUGUGCAGCACCAAGUUCACCCAGUACAUCCACCUGAAACUGCACCGCCGCCUCCACAGCAGCCGCGACCGCCCCUACCACUGCCAGCUCUGCGCCCAGGCCUUCUUCCACCGCUUCUCCCUCCGCAUCCACCAGCGCAGCUGCUGUCUGGCUAACUCCAAUGCUCCUGUCAACAUACAGAUGAAGGAGAUGGUGGAGCGGUUUGACGCGAGCCAAGAGGCCGACACACUCACAGAGACAGCAUCUGCGCCGCAGGUGGAGGAAGCUGUAGAGCACUGGUUGGCUCGCACCUUGGAAGGCGAGGGGAAGGAAGACCAGAGAGAGGCCACCAUACUGCUGAAAGCUCUGACAACGGCUAUUAACGCACCAACAAUGCCCAUGGCCCAAUCAGCUGUAUCUACAUCACACCACAGCCCUCCGCUGGCCUAUCAGGAGAGGGCCAGCGUUGUUCAUCUCCACAAACGACCAACAGUGAAGACAGAAGGAGAGUAAGAAGGAAGGGAAAGAUGAGAAAAUAUAAAAAGGACAUACAGCAUACCAUCAACAAAAAACAGAAACAGAUGUCGCCAAAUAAAACUCUAUAUUGUCCAUGAAGGAGAAUAACAGAGAAAAUAAACUUCCAUAAUCCAAUGAGCGCAGCACCAAAAGAAGAGCAUUCCAAAGACUGAGCGUAUUCAGUGAUUGUACUUCCUCCUGAACGUCAGUUUAAAAAAUGAAAACAGGGAGGAUGUUGUUAAGCUAUGAAGUAUUUAAAACUCUUUUCACUCAGGUAGAGAAGUGUUUGCUUUUUUGUGCUUUAACUUAUUACUUUAAAAAAAAUUGAGUCAUUUAUAUUUAUUUAGUUGUAUCAUAGUUAGAUUUUUUUAUGCUAGUGCUUUUUUCAUAUGUGUUGACAUUUCCACGGGGAUUUGAUCUCUUAGGGAAGCCUAAAAUGGACUCAGGAACAACUUGUGGAUGAGUCUUCACUUGUUAUAUUGUGCAUAGUUUUACUUUUUUGUGUGACCGUGUGUUUGAGCUUUUGGGUGCAUGUGUACGACAAGUGGAACAGGGCACAGUGAUAGCACAAUCCACCUCUCUGCUCCUCAGCUAUUUAAUUUAUUUAUGAUACAAAAGGGAAAAAUCUGGCAUUUUGAAAAUAUGUAUUAAUAAGCAAUUGCCAAAAUUACAAUCAAGGAACAUGAAUGUGUAGCACCAGUUUUGGAUCAAUUUGCAACUCAUUCUAACAUUAGUAGGGAGGAAAGAGGUUCAGACAAAGCAUUAUUCACCUUUUUUCUUGAUUAUUCAGCAACUUCUCACACGUUAAUUUAGAUGUCAGCUAAUUGACAAAUAAAAGUAUCAAACUGUGGUAAACAAAACCAAAUGCCACCAAAAGAAACAAAAUACUAAAAAUGCAAUGUGAUCACAGUAUGAAAUGUGUCUACGAGAUCCUUUGAUAAAUGGCUUUUAUUGUUUCUUACUGCAAUGAUUUUACAUUGAAACUUGCUGAAUAACUACGUGAAUCGUUAUUUACUGGAUUCAAAUGUUUCAGAUAUUUUUCAUGUACAAAGCUUUAUUGGAAAUGUUUGUAAACUCAAGCUUCAUCCAAAUCUUAAUUCAGACACCAGUACCUCAUAUUCAGCAUUGGGCAACAAAAACAAGCAACACAGGAGCACAAUUUUAUAACAUUGUUAAUAUUUUUGUCACUUAGCACUGGAAUAAAAAUGCAACUAGAUCUGUGUGCUUUUGGUGUUACCCACAACCAGAAGAUGGGAAGAUUUUACUCUUGAGCCAGUAAUGUACUUUUUUCAUAUCGUAGUUAUUAUUUCUUUUGUACAAUAUGUUUGUCUAUGUAGUUUAUUUUUGGAAACAGGUUCUGAGAUGUUAAGAAUUUAUAUGUGAGAGACUAUUUUGAUGAUACUUUUAUAUUUACACGAUGUAGCAUAUUAAAGAUAUUGUUUCAUA